AUGUCCAACGUGCAGGAAACAAAUCCUGCGUUCAGUUGCAAACACUGGUGUCGGAAGCAUGGUCCUCUUUAUCCUGACGACCCACCCCCAACUUUCCAAAAGGCACAAGCUGAUGCUCUCGCCAUCCCCAACGACGUGCAAGAACUAUUGCCCCAGCCCCAGCUGUGUGUUAGGCAGUUUACCCUUGUUCCACUUCCAGAUCAGCACGAUAUCAUUGGGACGGAGAAGGCUUCAGCAUGGUUUAGCAAAGACUUGCCUUCGACUGGAAUCCUCUGCCUAAUGGACCGGCCUGUACCCUCGAAGAAGACGCUCCAGAGGAUUGAGGAGCAAACUGGAAAGGCAUGGCUGAAUGGCGCAAACUCAAUUGUAGACCCUCGAUAUAACGAUGGAGUGGACCGCUUCCCGCUAUACGCAUUGUCAUUCUGGAAGGCCUUGGAAAAGAUCGUUGAGAAGCAAAAGGCGUGGAAGGCCGGAAUCGAGUGGUUGAAAGAUGAAGAAAGACGAGCGGACCCACUUACCUGCGCUGUGAUAACAGGUGUAAUCUACAAAUGGUUCAGUACAGACCACAUGGAUAUGGCGGCCGAGGAACUUGCCUUGCGAAUCGCCCAACCCUCAAAGACACUUGUUGCGCCUGUUGCCUUCGCCAACGAUCUGAUCAGUGCCAUCGAGUUCAAGAAGUCAUACUCGAAGCAACAUACCCCACUGCUCUGUCGAUACGAGCGGGAGAUUGACAAGAAAAAACUGGACAAACUUUACUUUCCUUUGCAUGUCAAUGGAAACCAUUGGAUCGCGGGGUUCAUUGAUUUCAAAACGAGGACUUUUGGAUAUGGAUCUCCCGUGCCCAAGGCCUUUAUUGCUGCCCUUAGACGUUGGACUAAGCAUCUUGGGAAGGGAACUUUUAGAGAAGCGAAAGGCGGCAUGCGACAUGGAGUCCAGAGCGACACGGUUUCAUGUGGAAUUGCGACAUUCAAUACACUUGCUCAUGCGAUCAUUGGAGAUACUCUGUGGACUCAGAGCCGUGGUGUACGAGAGCGUAUUCUGUGGUUCCGUCGGUUCUGUCAACAUAUUGAGAAAGAUGAGUCGAGCCUCACCAACAAUGCAUGGAACUAUCACCCUCCAACAACCCGCUCCUUCACCGUGGACCAGGAAAUUGCUAUCGCAAUCGGUGACCACAACUUCUCGGAUUUGGCAUCAUUCGUCGCAGAACCCAGCACACAUGUUGAAGGCCCACCUGCAGAUUUUAAUACCUGCACCAACAAGAGCGACGAGAGUGGAUAUGAAGCUAGCACAUAUGAGGAAGAAAGCAGGCACGACGAAGAAAACAGCCACAACAACGGUGGUGACGAUGGAACAUGGGGAUUUGCUGGGGUUGACGAUAACAUGAGCAUCGAUAGGCCCCAUUCAGUGGAGUUGGGAUGGUUCGAUGAUGGACAGUUUGCUUCACCGGCAGAUGUUCCCGCAGAAACUGAAGGCAUGUCCGUAUCAGAACUCGACUUGAGCAAUGGUCGAAGUAGCGAGGAUGAGGACAAGGGAACAUUCGGGGGAGGUUCUCCGGUGAAGCUUGGUCAGCAUAGUCCCAAAAGAGCUAAAGCACGAUCACUGCUAUCGUUCUUCAAGCCAAUCGCAGGCAUUCAAAGAAUCAAGAGAUUGCACAGUGAUAGUGAUGGUUCAGACGAAAAUGCCUCAAAAUCCCAGCCUCUUGCUAAGCGGCGGCCAAAGAAGACAAAGCGGACUCUUGCACCUAGCGAGUCAACACCAUCCCGUGACGACUACGAAGAUCAUGAGAAAUGGAUGCAGCGUCUCAUGAAGGACGACCCACAUGUUGAGAUUGACGAGAAGAAUCACUUGCUUGCACCAAGAACACCUACCCUAUUCAUGCUUGCCCAGACACGUAUGGAGCCUGCCUUAGGAGGAGGGGCACGCUCGGUAACUGUUAUCGCUCAAGAAAAGUUCGGGAAAGACUUCUCGAAACUAAGCAAAAAACGGAAGGAGGAGGACGCUAAAAAUACACCAUAUAUCCGGUUUGCUGAGGGUGUACUGGCAGGGCAGUACCAGGACUUCUCUGUUUUCACAGGCCUUGUCGAAGCAAUGGUUAUGAAGAUUGACCGAUCUUCUCGUGAAGUCGGCCUGCAGAACUUUCGAUAUGCCCCUGCUUGGGAUGAAUUCUGCCAUAUUAUCAACAUUCAUAGCCCCCGAGCGUACCAGUCGCUGCUCCGUCACCUUCCUGGUAGAACAGAUCGUAGUUUCAGACAAAAGGAAUCUCGGCAACCACGAUUUCCCAUGAAGAUAUGCGAUGAGACCUUCCAUCGGCUUAAAAAGCAACUAUUGGAUUUGGAUUACAGUGGACCUGUUGGGCUAAGUUGUGAUGACACGAAGCUACUUUCAUCGUUACGGCUGUACUGGAAUGCUGAUGAAGACUCGUACUAUCUUGUUGGCUCUACUGAUGGUCCAAUGCGUGUCACUAAUCAAGAAGAAAUCAAGAAAAUGAUGGCCGACCCAGCAAUAAUCAAAGCUGAUAAACUUCGCCUUUGGUCCAUCAUUAUUCCACUUCCCAAAGUCACGCCCGGGAUUGUUUUUGCAUGCCUUGGGAUACCGACAGAUUUGUCCGCAGACGACCUAUAUCUAUACCUGAAGAAAAUCCUCGAUGGACUGGUUGAAAACGAAAUACAGGUGGUCUCAUAUGCAUGUGAUGGAACCGAAGUCGAGCGUGCAGUGCAACACAAGCUAAUCACGGAGUGCAAGGAUAGCAACGCCGCUAUAAGCUAUACUAUUCAGAACGACAACAUAGCAGACCCAGUGACGGUCACCAUUCCAAUUUAUCAAGGGCAACCAAUUGUCAUGGUUCAGGACUCAAAGCACAGUCUGAAGACAUUCCGAAAUAACCUUUUCUCGGGAGCUCGACUGUUAACAUUGGGGAACUAUGUUGCCGCCUACCACUUCAUCCGCACGAUCGCAUUCACUCCCAAUUCACCACUCUAUCAUCGUGAUGUUGAAAAAUUAGAUCGGCAAGAUGAUAGUGCCGCAGCACGUCUCUUCUCAGCCGCAACUCUCGAAUUCAUCGUUCACGCUCAGAAUCCUGAAUAUACCGGCAUCAUCAUCUAUCUUUUUGUCUUCGGCGAGCUAGUUGAUGCCUAUCAGAAUCGGAAUAUCUCACACAUAGAACGAAUCAAGAUGGCCCUCCGAGCCCGGUAUUUCAUUAAUUCGUGGAAGGCAUACCUCGGUGCAACAGGCUACAGGCAGGCUCAACAUUUCCUUUCUCGUGAAGCGGUCGACAUCGCAAACAUCAUUGUCGAAGGCAUUAUCGGUCUCAUCAUCGUUUAUCGUGAUCGUGUUGAUGGGAUUGUGCCCCUCCUUCCCUGGCUUCACUCUACCGAAGCAUGCGAACACACAUUUGCUGAGGCGCGAGCUAUUGUCAAGGAUUUUACUUUGCUUGACUUCCUUCACAUGAUACCCAAACUCGGUGUGAAGAUGCGAGAGGCUGUGUUCACUGCAAAGGUCACAGGAGCCAACAAGACGGCUAAUGGGUAUUGCCACACGUACUUCGAUUCAAGUGGCAUCGACUUGCUCAACCUGACGAUUAUGCCAUCAAACCACGAUAUCGAGGCCGCAGCACGCGAGGCUGCCUUUGAAGCCGACACUUUAAUCCACCUUCUAGGAAUCCGAUCAUCUAUGCUCCAUGGCUUACCAGAUUCCCAUCAGCCACGCUCGUGUCAUCUCCCAACUAUCAAUUCCUGGUUUGUAGAUGAGGAGGAAGUGUCGUCUGAUGAAGAAGACAGUAUUUGCGAUGCAGAGGAAUUCCAAAAGGUCAUAGCCAUUGAGGACAACCACCCAGUAUCACGCAGCAAUGUAGAAGAUGACCACCUGAUGUCUCUUUCAUGUACAGGAGUUGCGCUUGCCAUUAAUGAUUUCAUUGCAGUUCAAUCAUUACCUGAGCCUGAUCCGGAAGACGUUGAAGUGUCUCUUAUGCAGGAGUCAGCCAACAUCCGUGCAGCCACCGCUUUGCCCGGCCUUUGUCUCCCCUCAGAACCGACCAAGCCUCUCGGACAAGGUUCCCAAACCCUUGAUGACCUUGACUUCUCGGAUCUGAUCAAUCUACGCCGCCUUCAUCAAACCGAACAUGCAAUUAGGGCGACUCGCACAGGGCGCGAGGGCGACAAUCAGCACCAGGCUUCGCUCCGCUCUGAAAGCAUGUAUUCACAACUCACACGACAAUUCUAUGCAGCACUCAAAGAGGACCAACUCCGUGGUGUGACGACUGGCCUUGGGCGUGCAAAACGCAUAGAAAACCAAGGUGAAAAUCCCAUAAGCGGGAAUGCUUCGAACGCUGCCCUUGCUGCGGAAUCGGUGACACGGAAAAACGCCCAGCUUCGCCUACGAUUAUUCUCCGCUGCCGGGUUCGCCGGUGCCUCUUUACUUCAUGUCAAAGACGCAACAGCCCGAUUCCUUACCAAGCAAUACGUGUUCUUGCCAUCAGUGGCCUUCUUGUGCCGAGUGCCGUCUCCUGUUACGGGUCCUGGAAUGAAAUGA